GAGUGCCUCGUAAACCCGGUGGCCAAAACUUGUUGCUCCUAACUCAUCCUCACUCUUGAGCGUAGAUAGAGAGAGAGAAAAAAACAGUGAGAGUGCCAGUGUCUGAAUCCAUCUCCAGUCCAUUUCCCAACCAGAGAAAAACCAAUGGGGAAGGAAGAGAAGAAACCAGAGGAAGCAAAGAAGCCUGAGGAAGAAAUGAAGAAAGAAGAAGCCCCAAAAGCUAAUGAGAAACAGAGUGAUGAAAAGAAAGAGGAAAAGAAAUCUGGGGAAUCCAAGGAACCGGCGCCGCAAGAAAUCAUCCUUAAAGUAUACAUGCAUUGUGAAGGUUGUGCCAGAAAAGUCCGCAGAUGCCUCAAAGGAUUUCAAGGAGUAGAAGAUGUAAUAACAGAUUGCAAGACGAGUAAGGUGGUUGUGAAAGGUGACAAGGCAGAUCCAAUUAAGGUUUUGGAAAGGGUUCAAAGGAAGAGCCACCGUCAAGUGGAGCUUCUAUCUCCAAUUCCAAAACCGCCGGCGGAAGAACCUAAGAAAACCGAAGAGAAAGAGGUGGCCAAAGCCGAAGAGAAAAAGGCGGAGCCUCCGGUGAUUACAGUAGUCUUGCGAGUUUACAUGCAUUGUGAGGCUUGUGCUCAAGAAAUCAGAGAGCGAAUACAGAGAAUGAAAGGAGUGGAAAGUGCAGAUCCAGACAUAAAGAGUUCACAGGUGACAGUAAAAGGUGUGUUUGAGCCUGAAAAUCUUGUUGAUUAUGUAUACAAGAAAACGGGAAAGCAUGCGGUGAUCAUGAAGUUAGAGCCGGAGAAGAAAGAGGAGAAAAAAGAGAAAGAUGGUAAAGACAAGAAGAAAGCCGAGGGCGGAGAAAAAGAAGCCAAGACAGGUGGUGAAGAGGCGAAAGAAAACAAGAAAGGAGGCGGGGACAAUGGUGACGCUAGCGGCGGCGGUGAAGAACCACCAGCUAAACCGGAGGUCGACACUAAACUCGAUUUGAAAAAGAAUGAAUUCAACUAUUACUACCCUCAAAACUAUCAUAUUCAAACUCAAAGAUUUGUCCGAGAGAAUUAUGAAUAUGCUCCACAGAUCUUUAGUGAUGAAAACCCUAAUGCAUGUUCUGUUAUGUAAGUUUUGGGAUGAACAAUGGGUGGGGUAGGGGUCACAUGGAUAACUGUUCCAUGGCCUUUCACUCUUGACAUGUUGUGGUGCUCUACAUGUGGCCCUGUCUGGCUGUCUGGGUUUCCAUAGUAUAAAUAAUAAAUCUACAGGAAGAUGUAGAAUUUUGUACCUUUUCGUUUUUCUUUAUUAAAAUUUUUGUCACAUACCAUGAAUAAAAGUACCAUAAUAUA